AAAUAAAAACAAUACUUCUCGCCUUUUGGGAAAAAAAUACCCUCUAGAGACUCGCGAGCUAUCGUUUUCCGGGUAAAAGGUCACCAUAUUUAACUACCGGUCCGUCCUUCAGUUGAGUUUACAGCUGAUCACAGCUGCAUGUACACUGCAGAGCCUUGGAUCUCUAAACUGGGGACCCCUUGUGUUAGACCGGAUAUACGCGUUGUUCUCAGCAGGAACAUUUUGUGAUUACAGCAAUCAUGGCACAGAAUAAGCAAAUUAGAGUUCUUCUAUUAAACGACAUGGAGAAACUGGAAAAAACGCUUUUCAGAGUUGAACAAGGGUUUGAACUUCAGUUUCGACUGGGCCCUACAUUACAGGGAAAGGCAGUUGCGGUCUACACUAACUAUCCUUCUCCAGGGGAUUCAUUCAACCGCCAUAAGUUCAGGGCACUUGAGUGGCACAACCCAACAGGAAGGGAAGAUGAUUCUGACAAGUACUGUAAGCUUGAUCUACAGAUGGCUGGAUCAUUUCAGUAUUAUUUUGGCUAUGGAACUGAUCACCAGAGAGGUGGAGGCUGCAUAGUUGUUGACCCUAUUUUGCGUGUUGGUGCUGAUGACCACAUUUUGCCUUUGGACUGCAUCACUAUUCAGACUUACCUAGCAAAGUGCCUUGGACCAUUCGAUGAAUGGGAAGACAGACUGAGGGUUGCUAAAGAAUCGGGCUAUAACAUGAUCCAUUUUACUCCACUACAAACUCUUGGACUUUCCAGAUCUUGUUACUCCUUAGCAGACCAGUUACAAGUCAAUCCAGAUUUUUCCAGACCUGGUCAGAAAUGUACAUGGGAGGAUGUUGGGAAGUUGGUGGAUAAAAUGAAAAAAGACUGGAAUAUGCUUUGCAUCACAGAUGUUGUCUACAAUCAUACAGCAUCCAACAGUAAGUGGAUUACGAAACACCCUGAAUGUGGUUACAAUUUAGUGAACUCUCCUCAUUUAAAGCCAGCAUGGGUUCUAGACAGGGCUCUCUGGCAUUUAACAUGUGAUGUUGAAAAUGGAGUAUACGAGGCCAAAGGACUUCCUGCCCUCAUUACUGGUGAUGCCCACAAAAAUGUAAUCAAGAAAAUUUUAUUGGACGACAUCUAUCCAAAAUUAAAACUCUGGGAAUUUUUCCAACUGGAUGUAGACAAGGCUGUGCAACAGUUUAGAGCCCUGCUUACCCAAGGUGUUAAUAAGAAAACCACCUUGUCAAAUCCAAAAGUCCACCUCAAGAUUCUUCAGGAUCCUGAAUAUAAACGCUUGGGCUGUACUGUAAACAUGGAUAUAGCACUGGAAACGUUUGUUCCACACAGUGAUGAGCCAUCUUCAGUUGAAGAGUGCUGUACCUUUCUUGAAAAAAGAUUGAAAGAGCUGAAUGAGGAGAAACGUCGACUAGUGAGUUAUCAUCAGGAGCAGGCUGUGAACUGUGUUCUUGCCAAUGUCACAUAUGAAAGACUUGCAGACCAUGGGCCUAAAUUAGGCCCUAUUACCAGAAGACAUCCUUUAGUAACACGGUAUUUCACAUUCCCAUUUAAAGCUACGACCUUAGAAGUGGAGGAGGAAAUGAUGCACCAGCCUGACAAAGCAUGUUACUUUAUGGCUCAUAAUGGUUGGGUGAUGGGUGACGAUCCUCUUAGGAACUUUGCUGAACCAGGCUCUGAUGUUUACCUAAGAAGGGAACUGAUUUGCUGGGGAGACAGUGUCAAACUACGCUAUGGGGAAAAGCCAGAAGACUGUCCUUACCUUUGGGAACAUAUGAAGAAAUAUACAGAAAUCACAGCUAAAUACUUCUGUGGAAUGCGCCUUGAUAAUUGUCAUUCAACCCCACUGCACGUGGCUGAGGAGAUGUUGGCAACAGCCAGGUCAGUCAGGCCCAAUCUUUAUGUGAUAGCAGAACUCUUCACGGGCAGUGAAUUCCUCGACAAUGUCUUUGUCAACCGUCUGGGGAUUACCAGUCUCAUUAGAGAGGCAAUGAGUGCGUACAACAGCCAUGAAGAAGGCAGGCUAGUUUAUCGCUUUGGUGGUGACCCUGUUGGAUCGUUUGUUCAACCGCACCUUAGACCACUAGUGCCAUCUAUUGCCCAUGCCAUGUUUAUGGAUGUUACACACGACAAUGAGUGUCCAAUCCAGCUACGUUCAGCAUAUGAUAGUCUUCCAAGUUCAGCAGUUGUCUCCAUGGCAUGUUGUGCAACUGGUAGUACCAGAGGUUAUGAUGAACUAGUUCCUCAUCAGAUUUCUGUGGUCUCCGAAGAGAGGUUUUAUCCUAAAUGGAAUGAUGAUGCAGAUCCAUCAAAUGCUGGUGUGGUAAAUCUUCAGAGUGGAAUCAUAGCUGGCAAGCAAGCUGUCAACAAGCUACAUCAGGAACUGGCUUCCAGUGGUUUCCUGCAGGUAUAUGUGGAUCAAGUUGAUGAAGAUAUCGUAGCAGUAACCAGGCAUUCUCCUAAUACUCACCAGUCUGUGGUAACAGUUUCUCGGACUGCUUUUAGAGACCCAAAGAAAUUUCAGUAUAGGUCAGAUGUCCCUCCAAUGUGUAUUCCAGGGAAAAUUGAAGAGGUUGUAUUAGAAGCCAGAAUUGUAGAAAGGAAGCCUUUUUCUUACAAGAAAGACCCGAAGACUAUUAAUGGAAUGCCUGAGUACACCGUUGAGAUCAGCGAGCAUAUUCAGCUUAAAGACAGCAAGAUUGUAAAGCAUACUGUUGGAACUUCAAAAGGCCAUGUCCAAGAAAUCGAAUUUAAGAACCUAACACCAGGCAGUGUGAUUGCAUUCCGGGUGAGUCUUGACCCUGAUGCUCAAAAAGCUGUAGGGUUGCUUCGUAGUCACCUGAUCCAGUUCAGUCCACACUUUAAGUCUGGCAGUGUUUCCAAUGACAGUGCGGCAGAUGCAUUGAAGCUUCCACUUGCUUUGAUUGCCUUAAAGCUGACAUUGGCUGAACUGAGUCUGUUAUUGUACCGCUGUGAUGCUGAAGAACAAGAGGAUGGUGGUGGAUGUUACAAUAUACCAAACUGGACACCACUAAAAUACGCAGGUUUACAAGGUCUAGUGUCAGUAAUGGCAGACAUCAGACCAAAAAAUGAUUUGGGACAUCCGUUCUGUGAUAACUUAAGAAACGGAGACUGGAUGAUUGAUUAUAUUAGCGGGCGCUUAAUUUCACGAGGUGGAACUCUUGCAGAGGUUGGCAAAUGGUUUCAGGCAAUGUUCGUGUACCUCAAGCAACUGCCUCGUUAUCUCAUUCCUUGCUACUUUGAUGCUAUAUUGGUUGGAGCAUACACAACUUUCCUUGAUCAGGCCUGGAGUCAGAUGUCAAGUUUCGUUCAGAAUGGAUCCACGUUUGUGAAACACCUGGCUUUAGGAUCUGUCCAGUUAUGUGGAAUUGGAAAGGUGCCAAAACUACCUCCCCUCUCUCCUUCAUUAACUGAUGUUCCUUAUAGAAUCAACAACAUUACAAAGGAGAAGGAACAGUGCUGCGCAUCUCUAGCAGCUGGCUUACCUCAUUUUUCAUCUGGGAUUUUCCGUUGUUGGGGGAGAGAUACUUUCAUUGCACUUAGAGGACUUCUCCUUCUCACUGGACGGUUCUUGGAUGCCAGGAACAUCAUACUUGCCUUUGCUGGUACUCUGCGUCACGGACUUAUCCCUAAUUUAAUUGGUGAGGGAGUGCAUGCAAGAUACAACUGUCGGGAUGCAGUGUGGUGGUGGCUGCAGUGUGUUCAGGAUUACUGCAAAAUUGUGCCCAAUGGAACAGACAUCUUGACGUGCCCUGUUUCCAGAAUGUAUCCUACAGAUGACUCUCCUCCAAAACCUGCAGGGCUUAUGGAUCAACCCCUACAUGAUGUAAUUCAGGAGGCCAUGCAACGCCAUGUGGAAGGAAUCCAGUUCCGAGAAAGGAAUGCUGGAUUUCAAAUAGACAUGAACAUGCGGGAUGAAGGCUUUAAUGUUUCUGCAGGUGUAGAUCUUGAAACUGGCUUCGUGUUUGGAGGAAACCGCUUCAAUUGUGGUACCUGGAUGGAUAAAAUGGGAGAGAGUGAAAAGGCACGUAAUAAAGGAAUCCCAGCUACCCCAAGGGAUGGAUCUGCAGUAGAAAUAGUGGGAUUGAGUAAAUCAGCUGUUCACUGGCUUGCAGAACUCCACAAGAAAAAAAUGUUUCCCUACCAAGGAGUCACAGUCCUAAGGAAUGAACCAAGGAAAUGGACACCAGCACAAUUAAGCUACAUAUGCUGUACCGCAAGUGAUGCAGCUCCUUAUGGAAAUCAUGAAAUGCUGUCUUAUGAAAGUUGGGAUCAGAAAAUCCAGGAAAACUUUGAGAAGUUGUUUUAUGUUUCUGGAGACCCUAAUGAUCCCAUUGAGAAGCAUCCAAACUUGGUCCAUAAGCAUGGUAUUUACAAAGACAGUUAUGGAGCUUCCAGUCCAUGGUGUGACUACCAGCUGCGACCCAAUUUCACCAUAGCUAUGGUUGUGGCUCCUGAGCUGUUCACACCACAGAAGGCAAUGACUGCUCUUGAAAUGGCAGAAAAGAAGCUUCUUGGCCCAUUGGGAAUGAAAACUUUAGAUCCAGAUGAUAUGGUUUACUGCGGUGUGUAUGAUAACUCAUUGGACAAUGACAAUUAUAACGUUGCUAAAGGCUUUAACUAUCACCAAGGACCUGAAUGGUUGUGGCCAAUUGGAUACUUCCUGCGUGCAAAGUUACAUUUCUCAAAAAUAAUUGGUCAGGAGACUUAUGACAAAACAGUUUUCUUAGUCAAGAAUGUCCUGUCUCGUCAUUAUCUUCAUUUGGAAAGGUCUCCUUGGAAAGGGCUUCCAGAGCUGACAAAUGAGAAUGGGCAAUACUGUUCCUUUAGCUGUGAGACUCAAGCUUGGUCCAUAUCUUCUGUGCUAGAGGUCCUCUAUGAUCUCUGAAAUGGACUGAUGUGGUGCAAAAUGUAAUCAGGAAGCUUACAGUCCUCUGAAAGCAUUGGACUUACAGUCAAUUUUGUUUAUUAAUGAAAAAGCCAAGCUUAUCAGAUCCAUUGUUUACAUGCACAAUAUUAAUGAAGAUGUAAUAACUAGUUUAGUUACAUUGAGAUUUAUCAGUAUUUGCUGAAUUUUAGGUUUUAGUCCUUUUUUUGUUGAAAAUUUUAACCGUCUUGUUCUAAAUUUGUCAUUUUGUACUGCCUUGCUUCCUACUUUUUAAUCAUUUCAUUCUGUGCGGUAUACUGUCUACAUUUAACAAGCCUUUACUUUUCUUUUAAAAGCAAUUAAUGCAGGACAACUUUUUUGAGGUGGUGGUGGGAAGUGUUGAUUCUGAUUUUUAUUUAUUUAAAUUUUUUUUUUUUUUACUAAUGUUACAUACGUAGAGUCAGCAAAGAGAAUGGCUGUCUUUGUAGUAUGAGGUACUAAUAAAUGUCCUCCUAUUCCUGUAUUGUAGUAUUCUUUACAUGAGGGAUUACCUGACGUACAUGAUUCCAACAUCCGGUCACUAUACAAAAGCCUUUUACCACUGCUAGGUACAUGGGACAUCACAUGUAGGCCCAAAGCUGACAUCGGCCAUAAAAGUGACGUCCUCACUUAGUAUCCUUAGAACGUCUCUUCCACCAGUCCGAACACCAUCUUCGACCGUCAGUCUGCUCGUCCGAGUUGUUGGUUGCUGUACAAGCCAAAUCAGAUAAGUGCCCCAUUCGGGUUUUUUCCUUUUACUUUUGCUGCUGCUUUUCUGUCUGAGGUUACAUGUCAUCCAAGAAAGGCAAGUGCCGUUGUGGAAUACAAAUUCGACAUAAAGAUAGCUAUGAUCAGUGUCUGUUAUAUUUAGGCCCUAACCAUGACCAUAAGUCUUGCUCUAUAUGUCAGGCGUUUGUUCCCAGAACCUUGCGUGGUCUCCUUCACUCUCUUAACAUUUCCCUUGAGAAUCAAAGACUUAAGAGGUUAGCAUGCGAUGUUAUGGAGGAUACGUUGAGCUCUUCUGCUGAGCCUGUGAAGAAAGCCAAAAAACUUGGGCCUGAAGCUUCGUCUGCACCUCCCAUUCCAGGCAUGUCCUCUCGAGGCCAGUGAAGGCCUGGAGGCCCAUUUGGAUUUUGGCUUGGAUUCCUCAGUGGGUACUGAAGCGGAAGCUGUCAGGGAAUCCGCCACUGGCAUGUCCUUAGAGGUUUUGUAGAUGUCCAUUUUGGACGAGCAGGGGGAACCUAGGCUCAUUAUUUUGGAAGGCCCUUGAGGCAUUCCUUGGAUCUUGGUUCAGGAGGAAGUACCAAUGACUGUUAUAGAAUGCAGGCCUACAUUGGGUCCCUCUACCUUCCACAAAGCUGAUGUGUCCCUUAAAAAGAAACCGAAAACCAAACAUCUUCCAGCCCCUCAGCAACCUCCGCCUGACUGGCAGGCCUUCACACAAGGAUUAUUUAAUGCUUUUAUGGCUUUGAAGUCUCUUACUGGGGUUUCCCUUCAUAGCCCUCCUCCUGCUUAAUUCCCCUCAGAAAAGGUUUAGGGCGCAGGUAUUAUCUGAGGAUGAGGAUUCCUCGGAUGGUGAGUCUUUGGCAUACUCUGCCCAGAUUUCUUCUCCCUUGGAAUAUGCUUCGCCUGAGGAGUCCAAAGGAGCUGAAUCUUCUGGUGAAGAUAUCACUUUUGGGGAGACUGUUAUUCGUUUGAGGGAGUUUUGCAAGUGGCACUGUUCACAGGUUACUGUUGUGCAGAGGGGAUAUUCUGAUUUACAACAGAUGGAUUCGCCUUCUUCUGCUGUGCCUCCAGUUCUGCCAGUUUUUCUGGGCACUUUUACUUCUGCUUCUAAGAGUCCAGACUUUCAGCCUCCUACCCCCAAAUGGCCAGAUAGGCUCUAUAAAGUUCUAGAGGACUGUAAAUUCCUUUAUAAAUUCCCUGCUGCACACCCAGUGGUAGUUUCUAUAAUCAAUGAUAAGCCAUCCAGACUUUGUCCUUCUAUUUCUCUUCUCCCUUCAGAAAGGAGGAAAACCAUGGAAAGGCUGGGGGAAAGUGUACACUUCUGCUACUUUUGCCUUUACAGCUAUUAACUAUCACACCCAUAUGAAUAAGUAUGCUUUGGCCCAUCUUUCUGAGGCCAUUCAGCUUCUCUCUGACCUAUCGGAUUCAGAUGUGAAGUCUCAGCUUUCCUGUCUUUUGGGGGCAUCUUCCGAAGUGGUAUGCCACUCCAUUAGCUGCAAUUAAGAUGCUGCUGAAGCAUCUGCCAGGACGGCUACCCCUGGCUUUGUAUUAAGGAGGUACUCUUAGUUAAGACGUCAACCACUUCCUGAAGACUUGAAGGAUAAGCUAAUGGAUGCAUCAUUAGAUAAUAAUGCCUUGUUUGGUACUGCAGCUGCUACCUUGUUCAAGUCCCUGCAGGAGAAAGGUAAAGAAUUGCAGGAUUUAAAAAACUUCUUUGUGUCUUCAGUUCCCAAAUUCCAAACAAACUACCCUGUUAAGACCACUUUUGUCAGGAAACAGUCUUGUAUUCCUCCUUCUAGAGGUAAAUGGGGUGCCAGUAGAUCUGUUCCUUCUAAACCAUCUUUACCUUCUACUCAAAUGCAGCUCUUUCCAGACAAGCCAGGUAGUCUGUGACUACCUGGCUUCCUCUGGUCACAUUCCCAUCUCUCAAUGCCUUACCCACUCACUUCUAGUCUGGGAACACAUCACUCAAGAUUCUUGGGUUCUCUCCAAUAUCCACAAAGGAUAUUUCAUGGUCUGGAAAUCUCUUCCACCACCUCAAGAACAACUUAUUUUCUUCCCAGAGAUGGUCCAAGAUUUGAUAUCCCAGGGAACUAGCCAAGAACUCACUGUCACAAAGGGGAAGAGGUUUCUACUCAAGGAUGUUCCUGAUUCACAGGAAAGAUGGCCCUUGGAGACCCAUUCUAGACCUUUCUCACCUCAACACCUUAAAGGUUCCAAUAUUUCACCUGUUUUCCCUCCAAACACUGUUUCAUCUCAUUCUCCCACAGACCUAUUUGGCCUCCCUGGGUAUCAAGAAUGCCUACCUACAUAUUCCCGUUCAUCCCCUUUACAGAAAAUGUUUACAUUUUUCUGUUGCUUCCUUAGUUUUCAGUUAUGUACUUUUCCCUUCAGUGUCUCUAUGGCACCAAAGGUAUUUACAAAAUGUUUAGCUCCUACUUUUGCUUUAUGCAGACACCAGGGCAUACAGGUCUUCCCCUGUCUGGAUGACUUGUUGCUACAGGUACCACUUCCAGAGACCUUGCAUCACAAUCUCCUGUUCACUAUUACUGUUCUGCAAAGGUUGGGAUUCACAGUCAGUUUCAAAAAAUCCAUGCACUCUCCUUCACAGGACCAUGAUUUUGGGGUGCAGGAUUCAGACAGAUGUCAUGUUGGCCUCUCUUUCUUUCUCCUCGGAAAGAUCUCUCUCUAGUCAGUUUCUUCAAAGACAUUCAUUCCCUGAAGAUGUGACAGCUAGGGAGUUUCUCAAACUUCUAGGCUUCAUGGAUUCAGCUGUUCCCAUGCUACGUCUUGCCAAACUGCACAAGAAAGUUUCAGUGGUUCCUGAAAUCAGUUUGGAUGCAGCAUGCACACUGACUGGAGUUUGUUGAUGUUCUUCGUGUUUCACUGUUGCAGUCAUCACAU